GUCAGCGUGACUGAGAGAUGUCAGCAGAUGGCCAGCUUGUUGAAGGGCUUGAGGUCUUGCGCGAGCGCGGAUGAUGCCGCCAAAAUUGCAGGCCUUUUAGAAGCUGUCGACAAAGAGAUCUCAGAGGCUCGCGAGGCUACAGCGCCGUUCAUUCCAGACACUGAUGGUAAUGGUUCACAAGAAAUUAUCGAGUCGAGUAUCCGGGAUCGCCAGGAAGAGCUCGAUACAGAGGCCUUGAAUUUGCUCGACGAGGACCUGCACGUCAAUGACCGAGCGCGUGCUACUGGCUUCGUCGGCAAUAACUCUGAAAUGAAGUGGCUGCGAGCUGCUGCCCUGGCACACCCAGAGCAAAUAGAGGAGGAACCCAACGCUUUGCACCGAAGAGACUCAUACACCAGCGGACUUGGGAACGAGCAGAUUAGCGCGUACAGCUUUUGGAUCGACAAUGAGAAUGUGGAUAUCGACUUCUUCGUCGAUCCCCACGACUUGCCCCAGCUAGACAUCGCCGAGAGGCUUCUCAGUUGCUACAUGAGCAAAGUGCACGACUCCUUUCCCAUUCUGCCUCGCAAGACUUUUGGAGAUCAGUUCCGCAAGUAUUUCACAGCGCUGGGAAACGGCAACGCACCUCGACUCUGCCCCAAAUGGCAGGCAAUUCUCAAUCUGGUCUUCGCGAUCAGCGCUAAGUAUUCGCACUUGUCCAAGGCCACGUGGCAAGCAGAUGCGCGUGACCAUCUUAUCUAUCAGGCGCGAGCCAGGACACUUGGUCUGAACGAACAAACCAUCACCAAUCACCCGGACGUUCCACAAAUUCAGAGCCUUGGGCUCCUUGCGUUCUACUGGCUCUCCGUUGGGCAAGUCAGCCGUGCGUGGACCAUCAUUGGAAUUGCCCUCCGAUCUGCGUAUACACUCGGGCUUCAUGUCCGCAACACAGACCCUUCUGCCACGGCAGCGAAGCGGGAGACUUUGGUCCGCACAUGGUGGUCUUUGUAUUCGCUCGAACGAACCCUCAGUAUCGUGACCGGCCGGCCUAGUAUCAUUGUUGACUCUUUCUGCUCGGUGCCUUUGCCAAUGCCGGUGAAUGAGGAACAAAUUACGGAUCAGUUGGAAGCUGCGUUCCGAAUGCGGAAGAGCAGCUCUACAAGCAUCAUUCUGACACCCCACACAUGGUCCAGCGGUGCGAUCGAUCCGUCCCAUGCACUUGUCGGACUGAGCACAACGGAGGCAAAUUCUGGCUCAUUCUUGAAGGCCGCUGUACAGUUGUCGAGCAUUCUGCAGAGCGUACUCACUUCGCUUUACACUGCAUCGACCGUUGUCGGGUCUGUAGCCGAGGAACAGCAUGAGAUGGCGCAGCUGGACCAACGCCUUGACCAGUGGGUGCUUUCGCUUCCCAGCGAGUUCAACUUCCAGGACCCAGCGAAUAAUGGCAACGCAAUGUUCUCUCGUGAACGUUUACUUCUCGGGUUCCAACUGUGUGGCGCCAGGAUGUUGCUAGGCCGACCAUGUCUGAGUCCCCGAAGACAAGCAUGGCGAGAGGAAGCUGAAGCAUUAUUCUCUCGACAAAUGGGUAACAGCUGCAUUGGGGCAGCCAAGACAGCGAUUGACUUCCUGCCGGACGAGCCCGAUACUCGCUUCAUAUAUGACCAAGGUCCUUGGUGGUGUAUUGUUCACCAUUUGAUGCAGGCAAUCUCCGUGCUUCUUCUGGGCUUGUCAUACCUCGCACCCACUUUGCAGGACAGCAUGCUGUUGAUGCACUACGUCAAGAAGUCCAUUCGAUGGCUGCAGGCUAUGGAUGACCCUACCGCUGAACGAGCCUGUCAGGUGGCAAUGAGUACCUUCGAGACCGUCUCGAGGCGAUAUGCUGUCGAUGUGGCUGGUAUGUGGCGGAUGGAUUCCGUUCAUGAAGGCGAGGGGUCACCUCAGCGUCCUGCCGACCCUAACAUGAUGGGGUACAUGACCACCCAACAGUACAUUCCGCGAGAUGCGGUUAUGGUACCCGGGUACUCAAGCUACGAUGCUGCGUCGUUUGGACCGGCAUUCCUGGCUGACCACGGGACUGCUGUGUUCAGCGACGACUUUUGCAUGUCGAGAUAA